AUGGUUCACAGUAUCUCAUCAAUAAAAAUCAAUCCAAGUCCAUUAUUUCAAAUACGCCUUGAGCAAGACACGCUGACCAUGCGCGGGUCACCUUCAGAAUCAGUCGGCUGCGUACUAAGAGGUCAACUAGUUCUUGCACUAACCGAACCCAUAAAGAUUCGUGAGAUUCGGAUGAUUUUUCGAGGAAAAUCCAAAGUCAAUUGGACUGAUGGCGUUGGUGCGGGACAAACUUAUCACGCUGAAGAACGUAUAUUCUAUCAACACGAAUGGACUUUUCUGCCAGCAAAAAAGAAUUAUCACGUUCUAAUUCCAAAAAAUUAUUACUGGGAUUUCGAACUAAUUUUACCGGGUGCUUUACCAGAAACUGUGGAAGGAUGUGAACACGGAUACGUGCACUACAAACUGAAAGCUGUUGCAGAACGACAUAAAUUCGCGCUUAAUCUCAACACACAACGUGUUCUACGUGUCUUACGAUGCCCACUACCUGCCUCGCUUGAUUGUACCCAGAGUCUUGUGAUUGCAAACACAUGGAACGAUAAAGUCGAAUACGAGAUUGUGGUCGCGUCACGCGCAUAUACGCUCGGCGAAAAAAUUCCAAUUGAUAUAACACUGAAACCAUUACAAAAACAUUUGGUGGUGAAAAGAUUCAUGUGUUCACUCAAAGAGUAUGUCACGUAUCACAUUGGUCAGCACACGAAGAAAUCAAGUCGAGUAGUUAGAAUGGGACGUGAUGAGGAAUUCCCGAACGAGUGUAGUGAUUCGUGGACCACCACUGAAUUAUUACCAAUUCCCGCGUCGAGUCCCUUAUGUCAAUACGAUACGCAGAAUGAAAUUAUUCGCGUGAAGCAUAAACUGAAAUUCACAUUACUAUUUAUGAGCAAAGACACGGAGCUUCUUUCGGAAUUAAGCGUGUCGAUGAACAUUAUUAUAACACCCGUUUCGAUAAAUGGCGAUGCAAUGAUUUUGCCUGCUUAUGAUGAUCAUUAUCUUGACACAGAAAUGCGUGAUUGCCAUCCUUCUAUAAUACCACCAUCACACUCGCCAUCAUUUGGACCCUCCGAGUUAGCAGCGGGUCAUAAAUUUCCAGAGUUUGAUGACUUGGAACUUAUGAAACUACCGACUUAUCGAAGUAUCACUGCUUUAAUACCUGCCCCCGUUCAUGAUUCUCUACCCCCAACAUAUGAUGCUUGUUAUUAA